AUGGGCUCACAAUCCGAUGGUCGCGACCUGCCGUCGCCAACACUGGAGAUGCAGCACCUCUACUCGGAGAUUGACAGGCUCAAGCAGGAGCACACAGAACUUCUCAACGGACUCAAAAACAGAUAUGAAACAACUCGAGCCUCUCUAGUCGCUCAAAUUCAGCAGCUAGACAAGGUCACCGACGACGCUGUGAAGAAGACGCAGUACAGCUUUAAGCAGAGAAAGGAAUUAAUCAUGAGGGAGGUUCGCAAUCUCGAAACCCGAGAAAAGAACAAGAAGGGUGCGAUUGUCUUCGAACGGCUACCCGCAGAGGUCCUUGGCAUCAUCUUCGACGAGUUUGUCAAUGGAGAAGGCGAAGUAGGAGUCGGUGGAAGUCCGUGGACGCUAGCUUUCGUAUGCCGAUUCUGGUACACGACGGUUCUUUCUACCCCACGGCUCUGGCGGACGUUGUUGGUCACCGACAGAUCCAUCGGUUUCUGGACCUCUAAACGACAAGUAUUGGGUGCCAGCAACUCCAAGGGCGUCGGGCCCCUCGUUCAGCCCUCGGGCCCUCAACGCCAGCUUCCCUCAUUAUGGAGCGCAACGCAAGUCUGCGGAAAUCCCACACAACUCAGAAUCAUCCUCCAAAGAUCUGGAGUGUCCCCAUUGGAUGUCACUCUCGCUUUUGCGCAACUUCAUCGGUUCGACCUCAGCGACCUCCCUCUUCCAUCGAUUCAGAUGCUGUAUAUGCUCUUCACACCUCCAGUCUGCACCCGUAUCAGUCACCUCGAGCUCGACUCUUCGAGAGGGCAGUACCUGUCUACACUUCAAUUACCAGCCUCAUGCGCUCAGUCCUACAGCGUCCCGUCCUCACCUCAUGCUCUGCCCACUCCUCUCACGAUCGGGUUCCCAGGGCCAGUGGGAUACCCAGCGACUGGGUAUAACACUGUCGGUGGAUUCUCCUCGUAUGAAACUGCCAUGCUCGGCGCCGCCGACAUCUUCAAGGGGCCGCUCACCCGGAUCCGGAGUCUAUCGCUGCACGACUACAAUGUGCUACCAAACUGGCCAAUUAUACAGCUGGUUACAAAGGCAUGCGACAGUUCCGACCAUCCCGGUUUGGGUGCGGUCCGCCUCUACAUCUCGGGCCUUCCGACUCAGCUCGUUGACGAACGGAAAUUAUGGUCCAAGGUCAAAUACCUGCAACUCGACACGGUCACCGACCUCAAUCGACUUCUCGUUGGCGAUGUAGAAGUUGAGGAGCUGAUGUUGGGCAGUGAUUAUUCUCCUACACAGAGAUGGAAAACCAGGGAUGGCGUGGCCCAAUCGCGGAACGCUCAACGUCAAUUUCUUGAGGCUAACAUCGCUUUCGAUCGUGGUCGACGACUUUUCGAUUCUUUCUCGCCUCACAUUCCCGUCCUGCAAUCACUGGAGAUUACCGCCGGGACUCGGUACCACACCCAAUCGACUGCGGCGUUUGGCAUGACAGGCGCCAACAACGCCGACAUUGCCGCGCAAUACGCCCACCCAGACUUUGUGGUUCCCUUGCCAUCCCUCAAAUCGCUCAAGGUCCGCUCGCCCCAUUGCGCGCCAUUAGCGCAUUUCCAGAUGCCAGUCCUCGAGAAACUUCAUCUGACAACGGAGUGCAAACCAAAGAUCCGCUGCGAAGCCGACCUGGAACCCUUUUUCUUCCCUAACGACCUCAAGCAGAAAAGACCCGAGGACGCCGCUGGUUCGAAGGCGGACACGCCAACAGAGACAGAGAACCCCCAUUUGGUCUCAAACGCUGUGACUGCGACUCGAGUGUCGCAUUUCAAGACACUUCGCGAGUUCCACUUUGGCGCAGACCUCACAGACAAGGCAGUUGUGCGGAUCAUCAAAGCGUUGCCUGCACUUCGUGUGCUGAGUCUACGAUUGACGAAGCGUGUGGGUCUCAAGAUCUUUGAAGAGCUCGCGAUUGGCAAAAUUACAGGCCGCGUUGUGAGCUCGAUUACGGCACCCGACCUCCGCAUCUUCAAGGUGGACUGCACCGGAGAGGUGGAGGAUGUGAAGAAAAAGGCGAAAAAGAAUUCGGACCAAACCACCGGGAGAAUCGACUUGGACCCACCUGAACCCACACCCACAUCAGCAGGGGGAGCCGGCGGAGCCGCCAGCGAACCAAAUGAUGCAGAUAGUGCAAAAACACUUGCAAAGGCGAUGACAAAGCUGGCCACGACCCGCAAGCGAUUCUGGACGGCGUUGGAGACGUGCGAGGUCGUAUGGCCAGACGGCAAAGUGGAAACGUUCUGA